AAAGUCGUUCUUUGAUCCGUAUUUAUUGGUGAGACCGAGUUGGAUGGCCUUUCCCUCCCCGCCCCGCAUUGGGGGCGGACUGUGAAGUGCAUCAGAGAGGGUUUUGUUAUUGUUCUGGAGUCGAGUGAAAUUGGACAGACUGCGAGACCUGACAUGUUGGGUAUUUUGCUUUCGCAGUCCUGUUUCCUCAUGUGGCUCACCCAGUGACUCAAUGCACAGUUCAGUCUCACUCCGGCACUGUACAUGCAAAUUGAACUCUUCCGCUGUACUCCAAAGAGGGCAAAUGUCUGCGUACUUAACAUUUAUUUGUGGUCUUACUGGGUCCUGUGUGAAAUGCUAACUUGAAUUGGAAUUUGAAGCCGAGCAGCUGAAGCCUACCCAUAGCUUAAUCGCUACAGUCUUUGAACGCCCAAUUUUAAGGUCUGCUACCUCCAUUACCAUAGAUCCUUCAGCUAGAAGGGCAGGACGAUCUGGACCACAGACUUCCAACAGCUGCUGUCAAUGCUGCCCUAUACCCAGACACUGACCGAAGAAUGUGAAGCAUGCAGUUGGAGAUCAGCACAUCAAGUGGCUGAAGGUGAAAGUGCCAACAAUUUGCAAUAAAAAAUGGGGAACACCGCAACUAAAUUUCGCAAGGCACUCAUAAAUGGUGAUGAAUCCUUGGCCUACCAGCUGUACGAAAGCAAUCCUCAAUUCAAAGAAUCUUUAGAUCCAAAUACCUCUUAUGGGGAGCCAUAUCAACAUAACACUCCCCUUCACUAUGCUGCCAGAUAUGCUAUGAGCAAAUUGCUGCGAAUCUUCCUUUUUAAUAAAGAUGGAAAUCCCAAUAAGCGGAAUGUGCACAAUGAGACUGCUUUGCACUUAUUAUGUAUGGGACCACAAAUCAUGCUGCCUGAAGCAUCCCUGCAGCCCCGGCUCUCACGACCCGGUGAAGAUGAUGGGAAGAGAGCUGAAUGUCUGCAGAUGAUUCUGAAGUGGAAAGGUGCGAGGCUGGACCAAGGCGAGUUCGAGAAAGCCGAUAGUAAUGCCACUGAUAACAAAAUGAAUACACCUUUGCACUAUGCUGCUGCCUCAGGGAUGAAAACCUGUGUAGAGAUGUUAGUUAGGUACGAUGCAGACCUGUUUGCAGAAAAUGAAACUCGGGAUACUCCAUGCGAUUGUGCUGAGAAGCAACAUCAUAAGGAUCUUGCUCUCAAUCUUGAAUCACGAAUGGUAUUUUCUCGAGAUCCAGAAGCUGAGGAAGUAGAAGCAGAGUAUGCAGCUUUGGACAGAAAAGAGGCAUACGAGGGUCUUAGGCCACAGGACCUGAGGAAACUCAAGGAUAUGUUGAUUGUGGAGACAGCAGACAUGCUUCAAGCCCCCCUUUUUACUGCAGAGGCAUUGCUCCGAGCUCACGACUGGGAUCGAGAGAAGCUACUUGAAGCUUGGAUGUUAGAUGCUGAAGACUGCUGCCAACGUUCAGGCAUCCAAAUGCCAACUCCCCCACCGAGUGGGUAUAACGCUUGGGACACGCUUCCUUCACCUCGAACUCCUCGCACCACCCGAUCCUCUGUCACUUCUCCAGAUGAGAUCAGUUUGUCUCCAACUGAUGAUGAUAUGCCAGUGUGUGGCAUUUGCAUGUGCAGCAUUUCUGUGUUUGAAGAUCCAGUCGACGUGCCUUGUGGACAUGAAUUCUGCCGAGCGUGCUGGGAAGGGUUUUUGAAUAUUAAGAUACAGGAAGGAGAAGCCCACAAUAUUUUCUGUCCAGCCUUUGAUUGCUAUCAGCUCGUUCCUGUGGAUAUCAUAGAAAACUUGGUUUCCAGAGAAAUGGACAAACGUUACCUUCAAUUUGAUAUUAAGGCAUUUGUGGAUAAUAAUUCAGUUAUCAAGUGGUGCCCCACGCCUGCCUGUGAAAGAGCAGUACGACUGACCUGUCAAAGAUCAGGUUCCAUAUCAUUAGAUCAACUGAGUUUCCCUCUACUUAGUGCACCAGCAGUAGAUUGCGGGAAAGGACAUCUCUUCUGCUGGGAAUGCCUCGGAGAAGCUCAUGAACCCUGUGACUGUCAAAUUUGGAAAAACUGGCUGCAGAAAAUUACAGAAAUGAAGCCAGAAGAACUUGCUGGUGUAGGUGAAGCAUUUGAAGAUGCAGCCAACUGCCUGUGGUUGUUGUCUAACUCCAAACCAUGCGCCAACUGUAAAUCUCCUAUCCAAAAGAAUGAGGGCUGUAAUCACAUGCAGUGUGCCAAGUGCAAAUAUGAUUUUUGCUGGAUUUGUCUAGAAGAGUGGAAAAAGCACAGCUCAUCCACUGGAGGGUAUUAUAGAUGUACUCGGUAUGAGGUCAUCCAGCAAGUUGAAGAGCAAUCCAAGGAAAUGACAGUUGAGGCAGAAAAAAAGCACAAGAGGUUUCAAGAGCUCGACAGAUUUAUGCACUAUUAUACAAGAUUUAGGAACCACGAGCAUAGCUAUAAGUUAGAGCAACGUCUUUUGAAGACAGCCAAAGAAAAAAUGGAACAACUGAGCAGAGCUUUGAAGAGAGCUGAAGGAGAGCCUCCAGAUACCACUUUCAUUGAAGAAGCUGUACUUGAACUCUUGAAAACCCGGCGUAUCCUUAAGUGCUCCUACCCUUAUGGAUUUUUUCUGGAACCCAAAAGCACAAAGAAGGAAAUAUUUGAACUCAUGCAGACAGAUCUAGAGAUGGUAACUGAAGACCUAGCUCAAAAAGUAAACCGACCUUACCUCCGCACCCCUCGCCAUAAAAUCAUCCGAGCAGCUUGUCUGGUUCAACAGAAAAGGCAAGAGUUUCUGGCCUCCGUGGCUCGUGGUGUUGCCCCUGCAGACUCGCCUGAAGUACAGAGACGCAGUUUUGCUGGUGGAACCUGGGAUUGGGAAUAUUUAGGUUUUGCAUCACCUGAGGAGUAUGCUGAAUUUCAGUACAGGCGUCGGCAUAGACAACGUCGACGAGAUAUGCAUAGUCUUCACAGCAACACUGCAGAUCCUGAAGAUCCUAGUGAUAGUACAUUAGAUACCCAGGAGGGUAGCAGCAGGCGACAUGGUACUUCCAUGGUGAGUUCAGCAUCUAUGAGCAUUCUGCACAGCUCUUCGCUUCAUGAUUAUACCCCUGUCAGUUAUUCUGAGAACCAGGACUCUCUUCAGGCUUUGAGUUCCCUUGACGAUGAUGACCCAAACAUCCUGCUAGCCAUCCAGCUGUCUUUGCAAGAGUCUGGCCUUGGAAUGGGUGGUGAACCACAAGAAUUUAACAGUGAGGCAUCUUUAGGUGCCAUAGGGACUUCCUUACCUUCAAGACUUGAUGCGACUCAGAGAACCACAGACAAUGCUAGAUCUUUCAGCAACACUCAUUUGCUGAAUUUGGAAGAUAAUCUAAUGAAACUUGGUAUAAGCAAUGAUGCUUAUGCCACUAGAUUAAGCAGCUCACAGCCCUUUGAUGUCCACAGUAGACUCUUUUCAUCCCCUGAAGGUACUGAAUCCACAGAUUCAGACCCUGCCAUGAAUGCAAAUCUUCUUGGUAACAUCAUGGCAUGGUUUCAUGACAUGAAUCCUCAGAGCAUUGCAUUAAUCCCAUCAGCAUCUUCUGAAAGUGACAUCAGUUCACAGCAGCCUAGAAGUGGCGACGAGUCAGGAUUGACCAGACUAGGAGAGAUGCUGCAGAGCCUUCAGGAGGACCAUGCAUUGUUUGAAGCUGCCGUCAUGAACGAAGGUCGAGGAACCCAAGUAGGCGGAGCUAUUUCUUCAGAAAGUACUGGUGCUACAAAAAUUGAGCCACAAGCAGAAACGCUGACUUUGAGCGAUGACAGCAGAAAUGUUACUCAAUUGGAGGGUGACUCCCAGCAAACUUCUGCAAAUGAAUGGGAAGAGCAAAUUCAUUUAGUGUAACUGGAACAGGAUGGAUAUCUGUUUCAGUCACUUAUGUUGUCCAAAUAGAAUAGAUCAGCAUGAACCCUAGACUGGCACAUAAAGAGUGUGGGCAUGCUGAAAAUCCUCUGUGAUCAGAGAAAGCAGAAAAGGAGCCCUCAGAAAGGAGCUAUCCCAGUUAGUUGCCUGCCUUGUAUCAGUCUUGAGCUUUCAAGGAACAUAAAUCUUUUAGAUCCUUGCUUUUAUCUUACUGUACUUACCAACUAGCAAUCCUAAAGGAUCUAGACAAAAGUAAAAUUGUUGAUGACAAACAAGUGAGGCUAUUAUAUCUACAGUAUUGUAGGUAUCAUGUAGAAUGCACUAUAGGGAGCCUGUUGGUAGCAAAUGAAAGUAAGCACUGCCUAUUUACAAGUGAAAUGUGGUGCCAAACAAACAGUUAAAAAAACAAUAGUUUAACUUUAUUGCAUUCAGCUUGUGCCUGCACUAGUCUGAACUAAUCAAGUCCUUGAUAAUAAAAGCAAUCUCUGGGUGUUGACAUCGUUUAGUGGAAACUUGAGGUAAAUUGAAAAUAGAAGCAUGGUUGCUACAGAAAUGUAGUGUGUACCUUGAUGUGGUAACAGAUAUUGCUGUUUUAAAAACAUUUUCUUGACAGGUGCUGUGUGUUUGAACUCCACAGACACUUUAUUGUAAGUGCAAUCGUAGUCUUUCCUUACUAUUCAGAAGUAUUCUAUUCAAAGCACUGUCAGUGCCACUGGUUUUAAGAAAUAGACUUGAAAUAAAGGCCUAUGAUUUCUUAAUUGCAAAGCCAUCCCUUAUCGGCAAAAAAAGAAAUGACCUGAAAGCCACAACAAUUACUUAAGACACCUGGCCUACUCAGUCUAUCAUUGUGCCUUUGCCUGACCCACAUGGUUGGUUGCCACAUGUUUUUGAAUCAUCAGAGUAUCACUAUCCAAUCUGACCAACACAAGUUACUUUAGCAUACCAUCGUAGCCAGUUGUAUAUUGGUAGAACAGUUUUGCAUUGAAUAUUGGGUCUUGCUCUGUGGAAAUUUUUAAUGCAGGUUUCAUGGAAUAUUUGAACUUGGUUAUAUACAAAAAUUAAUAAAGCUUUUCAAGCAUUAACUCAUCUGAAGACAUUUGUAUUCAACACAGUUUUUAUUUUUAAAACUAAAGUUUUUUUUCUUUAAACUUACUUGGGGAAUUUAAUUCACUUUUUAAAAUUUGGAGCUUCACAAAUCAAAACCAUGCAAACAAGGCCCAAGGUAUGUGACUAGUUUAAUUUUAAAAUGUUUUUCUUACGGUUUGGGAUUUACCUUGAAUCAGUGUGUAACACUGUAGUGUUGUAUUGAAGUAAUUUGAGUCUGAUAAUGGAAACAAAGAGGAUGUGUAUUACAUUUCAUUGAAUAUGUACUGCAAAGUUGAGGUAUGUGGAAGUCUUGUAUGUGAACUUAGUAGUUUUGUGGGGGUUUGUUUUUGUAAAACCAUUGUUUAAUUUGUGGAUUUUGAACCAUGGUCCAUUCUGUGUAGUGCUGGCUGUGCAGUCAAUACGUCAUUCAGAUACAAAAAUAUUAUAUUCUGUUACAAAUUUGAGAUGUCUUAAGGCUCAGGUGCAUGCCACUGAAUGCACCUGGCUCAAAUCCAAUUGAACAGUCCAUCGGCAGAUCUGGCUGGACCUUAUCAAAUCUUACUGCUCCACCCCCACCUCCGCCACAUUACCCGGCUCCGCCACUGUCUCAUAUCGCAGGCCGCCGAGUCCCUUAUACACGCAUUCAUAACAUCCAGGCUUGACUAUGCAAACUCCCUGCUUGUCGGCCUCCCCAACUCCACCCUCCAUAGGCUGCAGAUCAUCCAUACCUCUGCAGCCCGUGUCAUUUCCCGCACCAGCCUCCACAACCCUGUCACCUCCAUCCUCGCCUGACUCCACUGUCUUUUCCAUCAUCACACAGAGGAUACGGUUCAAGAUCCUGGUCCUCACCUUCAAAACUCUCCAUGGUCUUGCCCCACCCUACCUCUGUGACACAGCGUAACACCCUCCCAACCUACCCACUCCCUCCGCUCAGUGGGCUCCGGCCUGCUUCACGUCCCCUGC